UAGACAUUAACUCCGCAGAGAUGAAUGCAGUUACAUGGGCUAUAUUCAAAGAGCUAAAUAAAGUGGAGGAAAACGAAUUCCUCGAUUUCUUUGAAGUACCUCAGUUCUUUGUGACGAGGUUGAAUGAAUCUUCUCUUACUCGUUUGCUCAUUCCAUUUGAUGUUGCACGUGGAUACUAUAGGCCGAGAGAAGGUGCUGCUAUUUUUUAUAGCAGAUCUAUUAAUGGACAAAUGGUUGGGGCUUAUACAAUCUACAAGGGGCAGCAUAUUGAGUUUGUAGAUGGAUGGAAUGCGUUCUGUGUAGCAGCUCAUCUUGUGAUAGGUUCAUUAGUAUGUCUGAAGAUUGAGUUCAGGGAUUUGUGCAUCAGGCUUGAGAUUGAAGAUAUCACAUUAUAAGAUAUGCAUAUGGAUGAAUCCUCAUAGAAUGAAAGGAGAAAUUGUAAUUCAUCUUUGUA